AUCAGAAAAAACCGUAACAAAUAAUAAAGAGAGAUGAGUCAAUCCGUAGAGUGGUCUGGUUUGCCCGAAGAACUAGUCGAUGAAAUAGCCGGCCGUCUCUUCUCUAAAGUCGAGCUUCACCGAGUCCGUAGCAUCUGCAAACCCUGGCGUUCCGCGUCUUCGAUCCAUAAACGUUACCCCAAACGCCAUAACCGCAACCGUGUACGUGUGCUUUCGCCCUUCAGUAAUAUAAAACCGUGUUUGCUCUCUCCCGCGGCUUUCUUCCGUGUGUUUCUGUCGUCCUGUCGGAACAAAGGAUGGCUUAUUAAAACCCAAGAUGUCUCCGAAACCAGGUCCGAAACCCGUAAAAAAUUACUACACCCGCUAUCUCGUGUCCCCAUGGACUCUUCUCAGCAAACCUUAGAUCUUUUGGAGUAUACGGUCUCAGAGAUCCAUCAGUCCUACGACGUUCAUAAAUACCAUAAAACAUCGUAUAAUUUCGCUAGAGUUGUUUUAACGGACAAGUUUGUUUUCGGGGUGAAUGACAAGGAGGAGAUCUGGUGGUGCAACAAUGAAGAAAGUAAUGACGAUAAUAACAAUGUUUGGACAAGAGUUUCAGAUGAAGAAGCUGAGUAUUUCUCGGACAUCAUAGUCCACAAAGGUCAAAUCUAUGCCUUGGACCUAAAUAGCGCGAUAUGGUGGAUUAGUUUAUCCGAGCUCGAGAUUUUUCAGUACGGACCUUCGACUCCAAUGGACUACUACGAGUUUGAUGAUUGCAAAGACAAGAGGCUCGUGGAGUUUUGUGGAGAACUGUGCAUCAUUCAUCGUUUCUGUAAGACGUUUCGCGUGCGCAGAGUUGACGUGGAGAGGACUACUGGUUUUAAGGUUUAUAAGAUGAACAUGGAGUUGGUUGAAUGGGUUGAGGUUAAGUCUCUGGGAGAUAAUGCUUUUGUCAUGGCGACAGAUAGUUGUUUCUCUGUCGUGUCUAGUGACUAUUAUGGAUGUUUGGAGAAUGCUAUUUAUUUUACUGAAGAGAAGGAUGUAAACAAUGUUAAUGUGUUCAAGCUUGGUGAUGGUAGUGUUACUAAUUUGGUGGAAUCUUCUGAGAAUUGUUUUCAUAUGUUUUAUCCUCCUUUUGUAUGAGAAUGUUGUUGUUUAUUUAAAUCUCAAAUCCUUAUGUGUUUGUCAAUCAGAAUGUUUC